UGUACUAUGCGCCCCGAAAAGCAAGCAUGACAAGUUCUUGGCCCCUUAAUAUCCCCAGAGUUCAGCGCGCCCGUGGCAUCCAAGAUACCUUCUGGGUAAUAUCCGCGCAGCGCGUGUUUGGGAUCCCCUAGCUGUACAGAAUAUUCGACACAAUUGCCAACGCCCUGAUCUUUGAAGGGCGAACCCAGCUGGGUUUGCGGGGUCGCUUGCGUAUCCGUUUCUCUAACCCUCAGCCCUGCACUCAGGCCACUUCGCUUUUUUUCACUGUCCCUCGGGGUCUCAGUCUGGGGAAUGAAGAAGGAUCCAAGUCUAAUGAGCACCGGAAUAUAUGCCAGGCAGAGGCAGAGUGUCUAACUGUCUUUCAAAGUUCACAACCCUGCGAGGUGUGCCCUCAUUAUAAAGAUGAGCUAAUUAAAAUCUAACCCGACUUUGGGUAGAAAUGAUCAUCUUCCAUUGGUCCCGCGGGUAUCGAAGCACGGUAACACGGAGGGAUGGCGGCAGAGACUUAUGCGGCGAGGAAAUGUCUCCCGGUCGUCCCGGCGGCCAGGCCGUCGCUUCGCCGGGAGCGGGCUGGGGUCAGCAGCGUGGGGCUCCGCUUGGCUCAGAGUAAUAAUUAACAGCAUUCCAGCAGCGCUUGAGUUUACAAAGUGAUGCUUAUUAGUUCACCAGAUCCCGAUCAUCGCUGGAACCCCGAAGUGUGGGCAGAAGCCCGGGACCUGUGGUUAUCCCAGUUUUCAGACAUGCAUACUUUGAGGACUGAACUUGCUUGAGCCAGGUCACCAACAAUGGCUGAAUUGGGCAAGGGGCUCUGGUGUCCAAGCCCCAACCCUGGCCACCUUGAUCCCUCUCCCCAGAGAGACCAAGCAGAGGGCCGAACACCUGCACCCCGCUUCCUGCCAAUGAGGAAGGAGAACAGAGAGUCGCAGGAGAGCUGCUUUCUCUUCCAGCGUUUACGUCCAUUUUUGGGCCCUGGGUCCUUUUGCAAUAUGGAGAAGCCAUUCCCUGUAGCUCCUUUUACUUCUGUCUCCCAGCCUUUAAGAUUUUUCUAUCUGCACUCUACCUCUAGGAAAGGACACAUGAGCCCCACCACCUGCACCCUGAGGAAACACAAGACCAAUCGGAAGCCACGCACACCCUUCACCACCUCCCAGCUCCUCGCUCUGGAGCGCAAGUUCCGCCAGAAACAGUACCUCUCCAUCGCAGAGCGGGCAGAGUUCUCCAGCUCUCUGAACCUCACAGAGACACAGGUCAAAAUCUGGUUCCAGAACCGAAGAGCCAAGGCGAAAAGACUGCAAGAGGCCGAACUGGAAAAGCUGAAAAUGGCUGCAAAACCUAUGCUGCCCUCUGGCUUCAGCCUCCCUUUCCCCAUCAACUCGCCCCUGCAAGCAGCCUCCCUAUAUGGCGCGUCCUACCCUUUCCAUAGACCUGUGCUCCCCAUCCCGCCCGUCGGACUCUAUGCGACUCCAGUGGGAUAUGGCAUGUACCACCUGUCCUAAGGAAGACCAGCUCAAUAGACUCCGGGAUGGAUGUUUGUUUAAAAGCCUUCCCCCUCCCUCUGCAAGAAGACAGUCCCGCUCUGCAAACCUUGCAUGCACCACCCUCAGCGGCUAGAUCGACAGGGCCACAGACAUAGUUGAAAUUGGUUCUUUUGACUGGAGACACCCAAGCCCCGUUUUCUUGGUGUAAUCUUCCAGAUGCCACCCCCCCCUUCUCCUUUCACAAGAUUGGCUCUGAUGGUUUUUAUAUAUAAAUAUAUAUAUAAUAAAAUAUAAUACAUUUUUAUACAGCAGACGUAAAAAUCAAAUUAUUUUGAAAGGUAAAAUUUAUAUAUAUAUAUAUAUGUAUCUAUAUAUAUAUAUAUCCUUUUUCUCUAUAUAUCACCUUCCUAAAAGAGACUGCUUAAUUAAGUCUACCUGUUGUUUUUUCUUAUGGGGGAGACAAAUUAUUUACUAAAAUUGCUGAAAUCUGAUGAUUUGGAUGACUGACUUGCAAACAUUAGAAUUAGACACUCUGUGCAUAGGCAGUAGAUAUGGAAAGAUUCCAGAGAAGGGGACACAUCAUGUUCUUGCAUUUUUUACGUGCAUUUAAAAACUCACUAGAUAUGACCCUAUUUGGCCCUAUUUUUUUCCCCUUCUCCACCUUGUUUUGUUACACAUUGUUAAACGUUUUUGUAAGAUCAAUAAAAGGGGGAUGAGAAGAAUCCUGAGAGUGCCUCGGGGUAAGGUGGAAAAUGGAAGUCCUUCCUAAUUCCUCUCAAGGCUGUUGCUUAACUUCAUUUCAGAUAAUUGGAGAGUGAAAAGUUUUAAAGCAUGUCGGGAGGAAUUGACGGUUUCUGUGAACCACUAGGUACAUCAGUCCUCACACGUUGAAAAGGUGAUUUUGUGGGGGGGGAUGUGUGUAGUUAAUUCUCUGCUUAAAAAAUAUGAAUAUCUUGUAACCAUUAUCUAUACUAAAUAUUCCUGAACAAUGAAUAGAUCUAAAAAGAAAAAAAAUCAUGCUUUCUCUGUGUGUGUACCUGUUGUAUGUGCUAAACUUAUUAGAAAAAUUUAUAUACUUUUUUAACAUGUUGGGGGCAGAGGGUAAAGCCAUGUUUUGACUUGAUAAAAAAUGGUGUUGUCAGACAGCCCAUAUAGCUCCUUGGUAUUUCAUUUUUCUAUCCAGCUCCCCCUCGCCCAUCCAAGUAUACUUUUAUCCCUUUGAAAGGGUGCCUUGUAUAAUUUUAUAUAUUUUAUUGAAGAGUUAUUUCUUAUCUCUUAUUCUGAAUUAAAUUAAA